CUUUGCGUUCAUAAUUAUGGGUAACCCUACAGAUCAGUAUCAUUUCCUUUUCAGAUCCUUCUAUUAUUGAAGCCCUUCGAUUUGAUUCGAUGAGUCCGCCUUACCAUCUUCGUUUCCUCAUCUAUAUUUAGCCCUGAAAAAAAAAAAGGAAGAGAGAGAGAGAGUGAGAGAGAUGAUUUUGUACACUUCAUUCGCCGCUUGGACCAAUCACUUUUUCGCUUGUAUGGGAGGUUGUUUUGGAUGCUAUACCAAACCCACACCGAUUAUUGCUGUGGAUGAGCCAUCAAAGGGACUCAGAAUUCAAGGGCAAACGGUGAAGAAACCCAGUGCAUCGGAAGAUUUUUGGAGCACCAGCACAUAUGAGAUAGAGAAUAGUGCAGUUCAAUCUCAGAGAAGCCUUUCAUCUAUCAGCAUAUCAAACCAGAGCCUGAUGCACAAUGGUGGCACUGGCAGCACUAGCAACCAUUCAGAAUUUGUAAACCAUGGCCUUCUUCACUGGAAUCAGACCAGACUUCAGUGGAUGGAAAAUAAAAGGUGUGAGAGCCAUAGAGAAGUUCGCAAGCCCACUUUAAGUUGGAAUGCGACUUAUGAGAGCGUGCUUGGAAAUAAUAAACGUUUCUCCCAACCAAUCCCUCUCCCCGAAAUGGUAGAAUUUCUAUCGGACAUAUGGGAGCAGGAGGGCUUGUAUGAUUGAGGAACUCCUGGAUAUUGUAUUAACUGUUUUGUAUAUGGUAAGUGUCGGUACUUAUCUGCAUACAAGAAAAAAGAGCAAAAGAUCAAAGGGUUUUACUGAUAUGUUGUAUGCCAGUUGCAAUGUCACAGACCAAUGUUCAAUUUAACCCUUUUUCUUUCUUUUUUCUCCUUUUUUUCCUGACAAUCCUUGUACAUGCCUAUUUCAAUAUGUAUAUGCCCCACAAGUGUAUCUCAUAUAUGGAAGCAUUCUCCCUUUGAUGAAUUAUUUUAUAAAUAUAAUGAGAUGCAAGUGACCUGUCUUUGGGUUUCCUUCA